AUGUCCAAAACAACGAAUCUAACAAUAAGUGAAAAAGGAUCGCCUGGCUCUGGAUCAAAAACAAGUUCAUCAACCGAUUCCUCAACCAACAAUCAGGACAAAGAGCGUUUGCGAAGACAAUUGGUCGCAAGAAUCUUCUACACAGAUUAUUCGAUUCAAGAAAAUCGAAAAUUCAUCGGAAUGGCGAAAUUGGUGAUUGAAAGUGUGUAUUUUCGAGAGUUGAAAGAUGAUGCGGAUUUUAUUGAUAGUAUUCGAAUGCAAUAUUUAUUCGAUUUGAAUAGUUUGGAGAAAAAUGAGCAAAAUUGGCAGUGGAAUUUGACAAUUACAAGGGAAUUGAAGAAAUUGGAUGGAAAUGCGGUGAAUGAUUCGAUUUCAUUUUUUGCCGUUGGAGAUAUCAAAUUCCUACUGUAUAAAACUAUGAAGACAUAG